UGUGGAACGGAAGGCCCCUCGGCGGGUUCCAGGGAGCUGAGGGUGCGCUGGGCGUGAAGCGCUUCGGAAGCCCAGGUCAGCGGCGCGGAGUCGGGGGGCCGGGGAGCUUCCGAGGCCGCCGGGCCGAGCGGAGCUGGAAGUGGGGGGAGCCGAGGACGACCGGUGUGUGUGUGUGUGUCGCCUUCGCAGCCUUAGUUCCGCGUGGCCUGGCAUCUGCAGCAUGGCGACCGACUGGCUGGGCAGCAUUGUGUCCAUCAACUGUGGCGAGAGCCUGGGUGUCUACCAGGGGAGGGUGUCUGCCGUGGACCAGAUCAGCCAGACUAUCUCACUCACACGACCUUUCCACAAUGGGGUGAAGUGUCUUGUGCCCGAAGUCACCUUCAGGGCAGGUGACAUUACGGAGUUGAAAAUUCUGGAGAUACCAAGUCCAGGAGACAACCAGCAUUCUGGCGAUCUUCACCAAACGGAGUCAGGCCCCUCUGGCAUGGGGUACUCAGUUGGCAUCAAUCAGAAUGGCACGGGCAAGUUGGUCAAGAAGCCGACCUCUUCCAGCAGUGCCCCUCAGAACAUCCCCAAGCGGACAGACAUGCGGAGCCAGGACGUUGCCGUGUCCCCACAACAGCAGCAGUGCUCCAAGAGCUAUGUGGACAGGCACACGGAGUCCCUGAGUCAGUCCAAGAGCUUCCGGCGCCGGCACAACUCCUGGUCGAGCAGCAGCAGGCACCCAAACCAGGCGACUCCGAAGAAAAGUGGUUUAAAGAAUGGCCAGAUGAAGAGCAAAGACGACGAGUGCUUCGGGGAUGACAUCGAGGAAAUCCCAGACACAGAUUUUGAUUUUGAGGGGAACCUGGCCCUCUUUGACAAGGCUGCCGUGUUUGAGGAGAUUGAGACCUAUGAGAGGCGCAGUGGUGCCCGCUCCCGGGGUCCCCCUGGUGAGAGGCCAGCGCGCUACCGGCAUGAUGAGAACAUCCUGGAGUCGGAGCCCAUCGUCUACCGGCCUAUCACCGUGCCCCACAGCGGGAGCAAGGAAUUCUGCACCGACUCUGGCCUGGUCGUUCCAAGUGUCUCCUACGAGCUGCAUAAGAAGCUCCUGGCUGUGGCCGAGAAGCACGGGCUGACUCUGGAACGGAGGCUGGAGGUGACCGGCGUGUGUGCCAGCCAGAUGGCCUUGACUCUGCUCGGGGGACCCAACAGGCUAAACCCCAAAAAUGUUCACCAGAGGCCCACGGUGGCGCUGCUCUGUGGGCCCCAUGUGAAAGGGGCUCAGGGCAUCAGCUGUGGCAGGCACUUGGCCAACCAUGACGUCCAAGUCAUCCUCUUCCUGCCUAACUUUGUCAAGAUGCUGGAGUCCAUCACCAACGAACUCUCUCUCUUCAGCAAGACCCAGGGCCAGCAGGUGUCCAGCCUCAAAGAUCUGCCCAGCAGCCCCGUGGACCUGGUCAUCAACUGCCUGGACUGCCCAGAGAACGCCUUCCUGCGGGACCAGCCCUGGUACAAGGCAGCUGUGGCCUGGGCCAACCAGAACCGCGCUCCGGUCCUCAGCAUAGACCCUCCCGUGCAUGAAGUCGAACAGGGCAUUGAUGCCAAGUGGUCCCUGGCCCUGGGCCUGCCGCUGCCGCUGGGUGAGCACGCGGGCCGGGUCUACCUGUGCGACAUCGGCAUUCCCCAGCAGGUCUUCCAGGAGGUGGGCAUCAACUACCACUCGCCCUUCGGCUGCAAGUUUGUCAUCCCCCUGCAUUCGGCCUAGGCUCCCAGCCAGCCUCCCGCUGCAGAGGACAAGCGCCUUAAGGAUGGAAGCUUCUUGGACUUGGUUGUGCUUUGCUCUUUUGGGUUGAUUUCUUGGCCAGAGAAUGGAGCCCUCAGCUGGGGCAGGCUCCCUCCAACCCCCACCUGCCCUGUACCGGGGGCUCUGCUUCCAGAGGGCU